AUGCGUGGGGACGUCGCAUCGGGUUGGGGGAGAGGGGGGAAGAAGCUUGGGAUCCCAACAGCCAACCUUCCUGAAUCAAUGUUUGCGGAUGCUCUGCGGGAGGUCCAGACAGGAGUCUACCUCGGAUGGGCUCAGAUCGGUGGGGUGAGCAAGAAGUCGGUGAAAGCCGUGGUCAACGUGGGGUACAGCCCAACUUUCGUCGGAGCUGAGAACCGGGAGAAGGUGGUAGAGGCUCAUCUGCUGGAAAAGUUCGAGAACGACUUCUACGGGAAGGAGAUGCGUUUGAUGCUGACAGGAUUCCUGCGGCCAGAGACGAAGUUCGACUCGUUCCCUGAGCUACUGGAAGCCAUUCACAAGGACAUCGAAAACUCUAGGGAAGCGUUGGAUACAGAAGAGUUCUCUGUCCUCUCAGCUCAUCCCUUCCUGCAAGUAAGCUUUUCCUUGUCGUGUCUCGGACAGACCUAA